AUGAUCGCCCGAGCUCACCUCCUGCUUCAACGAGUGGCACUCGUUGCCCUAAUACUGCAAGGAGCACACUUCGCCACCGUCGACGCGCGCGACAGCAAGAGAGCCGACGACCAUCCUCUCGGUACACCGAGCGGCGUAGAUGCGCACCUCGACGGACACGCCAAUCCAUUCCUGCCACAAGUCUUUGUGCCGCCAGAGGAAGACUUGCCAACCGCUGCUCCGCAGGCCCACGUGCGCGGUCAGUUCCAACGACCUCUGCGCCGCCCGAAUGGACAGCUUGAUCAGGAGGAACGUGCUGGCGGAGUGGCAGCUCGUCGCCCAAGCACCACUGGCCCUGACGACGGAGACGUAGGCCACAAUGACAAUACUCGCGCUGCAGCGCGCCAAGGGCAAGCCCAAAAUGCGCAGAUUGUUGUUCCACCAGGUCGCAGAGCUCGGAUGGUCCAGGCGGUCGGAACCAGAGGCGGGCGAAUGCGACAUCAGUACACGAGAGCGGAUAGGUACGCUCAGUCACCGGUACCGGAUCCGAUGGUGAGGACACUACGACGCGCUGGAUAUCACUACUCUGAGAUAGACGAAAUCAUGAGGGACCUGCCCGCACGACGAGCGGCACGUCGACGCAUGCGCUCCCCAUCUCCAGAGCAGCCUGCAAUCAGGCGCAUGGACGAGACUCUUCUGCACGACCUUCGGAACCUCGCUCGACGUCCGUGA